AUGAAGUUCUGGAACGAGUACCUGAAGCGCAAGGAAGCUCUGUUCCGUCGGCAACACCAAACGCCCCUCGAUCUGUUCGAAUCGGCCAACAGACGGCUGGCGAAAUGGUUCUACUUCUGCGGUGCCGAGCGUAUUACGGCCAACUACACGCGCUACAACGCUCGGCUCAUCUUUCUCGUCGUGGAUCUGAUCCUGUAUUUGCUCGUCAACUGCUAUUCGAUGGCAGUCGUCUGGGGCUCCAUAAUGGAUGUGGUGUUCAACUUCGUAACCCUCGGCAUUGCCAUCCAGGGAUUGGCAAAGAUUUUGGCCUUCACCAGUGAUGGACUAUGGGUGCUGCACUGUUACAACAUUGACCGGUUCAAGGCACUGCCCCGAUAUUCGGAGGUGACGGAUUCACUCUACCACACGGCCACACUGUGCAAAGUGUUUAUCGACAUUCUGUUGGUCUUGUUCUCGAUGGUGGCCGUCAUUAUCUAUUCGUACGCCAUCAUGAUGCCGAUCCUGAAGGGCAAGCUGGAGCUGGCCUUCGGUUUUCAGCUACCAUUCAUCAACCAUACCACCGUGAUUGGGUUUUGCGUUAAUUGGUUGUACCAAGCAGUGCAGGUGAUCGAGGCUACCGUGGGUCUGGCCGCAUGUGAUAUCUGUUUGGUUUUUCUCAUCGUCAAUGCAACCGGCCAGAUGGAUCUGAUCAUCAUCUACUUGCGCCGUUUGACCGAGCUCGUCGAUACGGACAUUGACGGUGAGAAUGAGGCCAAGAUUGCGGAUCUUGUGCAUGAGAUCGUCAUCAAGCACUUGGAGCACACAAAACACAUCACCGAUAUGGACACUUUGCUCAAAAAGCAGUUCUUCGUCAACUUUGGAUGCAUGAUCUUUGAGCUGGUCACCUCACUCGCCAUUGUUUUGACUUGUGAUCAUCUUGUGCAGUAUCCGUGGUAUCCGGGCAUGGCUGUUGCACUCCUCUGUACCAUCCAGCUGUUCGUCAACUGUUCCUUGGGAACGUUCCUUUCUUUGAAGAACGAUAAACUGGUCAACGAGAUUUAUGCAGUCAACUGGUACGGACUAUCGACGACACAUCAAAAAACGCUGAAGACGGUUCUGCAGAAGGCCCAACUGCCUGUCGUACUGUCCGAUGGGUUCAGUGCUAUCGAUUUAUUCAACUUUGUGCAAAUCUAUAAAAAGAUCUACUCCUACUUGAUGGUGCUGCAGAAUGUAAGCUAA